CUUUUGGAGAGGAUAAGGGAGAAGAUAGGGGACAGGAAGAUGUUGAAAACGGAUUGUCACACGCCAUCAGAAUCGCAUGGAUUGUCUAGAAAGUGCAACAAAAGUGCAGAAAAGGUGGUACGGAAGAUUGAAAUUGGGUGGCUUCACUAUUCAAAACCUCACUACACCCAGGUGAGAACGAGGCAUGGUGGUGGGACUAGACACACAACGGUUCCUAAAGAAACUACCGUGGAGCAGGUUCUAGAAACCGGAAAACAGCUGUUUUUCCCAAAUGGAUCGUCGACCAAAGGGCCACAACAUAUUUUUGAUUUUGAGGUGCGUGACUUCAAAAGGAAUUGCAUUCCGUUGGAAGAGACCGUGGGCAAGUUGUACGAGUCAACAAAGUUGAAGCUUCUCCGUUUUUACAUCUGCUCAAAGGACAAAUUCUCUGUGGAGGACGAAAGUGACUCAUCGACUGAAGAUUUAGAAGAUCUAAGCACAGGGAAUCUGAAUGCCAUUGUUUCAGACCCUGCAACAUCUGACUCAUCCACCAACAUUCCCAGUGAUCGGCAAGAGGAGGCCGACUUCAUUAUUAAUGUUGAUGACACCGCUUCAGAGCAGUCUUCUGAUUUGGACAUUACAGACAUGGAAGACACGAGCCCGAGGAGAGUCAAAGAUUCCAAUGCAGUCUCAGAGUCAGACACAGUAGAGUGGUGUUCGGAUUAUGAGGCUGCUUCAGAGGAUGAGGUGACAGUCCAAAUAAGAUGUUCAAAUGUUUUACAGGUAAUUAAUGUUAAUAGUACCUAAUGAGAAAGGGGCAAAUUUCAGGGAAGCAUGUAA